AUGGAAAAUUCCGGCGAGCAAUUCGACGUAAUUGUCAUUGGAGCAGGCAUCAUGGGCAGCUCCACAGCUUACCAAACCUCCAAAAGGGGUCACAAGACCCUCCUUCUUGAGCAAUUCGAUUUCUUGCACCACCGUGGCUCCUCCCACGGUGAGUCACGAACUCUACGAGCUACCUACCCCGAAGACUAUUACUCCCGCUUGGUCAUUGAAUCAUCACAUCUUUGGGAAGAAGCCGAAUCCGAAAUUGGCUACAAAGUCUACUUCAAGUCUCCCCAAUUCGACAUGGGCCUUUCCGACGACAAGAGCCUACGAGCCGUCAUCGCCAGCUGCCGUAAAAACUCGAUACCCCACCGGGUACUCGACCAACGCCAAGUUCAUGAAGAAUUCUCCGGCAGGAUACAACUGGCGGAGAAUUGGGUUGGUGUGUUAAGCGACCUUGGUGGUGUAAUUAAGCCCACAAAAGCAGUGUCAAUGUUUCAAACACUUGCACUGAAAAAUGGUGCUGUACUUAGAGACAACAGUGAAGUGUUUGACAUUAAAAAAGAUGAUGUGAGAGAUGGUGUUUUCGUGUGUACUAGGAAUGGUGAAAGUUUUUGGGGAAGAAAAUGUGUUGUGACAGUUGGGGCUUGGAUGAACAAGUUAGUUCAAUCAGUUACAGGCCUAGUACUACCCAUACAACCAUUGGAAACCUGUGUUUGUUACUGGAAAAUCAAGCAAGGGCACGAGGAGGAAUUCACAAUCCAAGGAGGUUUUCCGACGUUUGCAAGCUACGGUGAGCCUUACAUAUACGGAACCCCAUCACUGGAGUUCCCGGGAUUGAUCAAGAUUCCUGUGCACGGUGGCCAGCGGUGUGAGCCGGACAAGAGGACAUGGUCACCAGCGCCAAUGAUAUUGGAUUCACUGAGACAAUGGAUUCGGGAAAGAUUCGGGGACCGAGUCGACUCGACCGGACCAGCAUCAAACAACAGAUUUGGACGACUGGAUUGA